UUUUGGCCAUACCACAUCCUGUAAAACUAUACUGAAACAUGGUUGCCACAGCGCACUCACACAGCCUCAAGUAGAAGAGACAGCAAGACUCAAUAAGACAUAUUCACUAAACCUCAAAUCUUUGGGCAGUCAGAGCUUGGUGAGCAGUCAUGACAGAUUUGGUACAGGGCUUGUCCUACUUCUAUGGAAACAUCACUCGAGAAGAGGCAGAGGAUUACCUGAGGAAGGCAGGCAUGAGCAAUGGCCUCUACCUGCUCCGCCAGAGCCGAAACUACCUGGGUGGCUUUGCACUGUCAGUAGCGUACAAUCACCAGUGCUUCCAUUACACCAUCGAAAAGGAGCUAAAUGAGACAUUCGUCAUAGCAGGGGGCAAAUGGCAUCGCACUCCAGUGGACGUGAUUGACUAUCACUCGCAGGAGUUGGAUGGCCUUGUCUGUCUGCUAAAAAAACCUUGCACUCGACCCCAUGGUGUUGAGCCCAAAAUCGGGGCCUUUGAGGACAUAAAGGAAAAGCUAAUCAGGCAUUAUGUUCAGGAGACUUGGAAGCUGAAGGGUGCCAUGCUGGAGCAGGCCAUUAUUAGUCAAAGGCCCCAACUGGAGAAGCUGAUUGCCACGACAGCACAUGAAAAAAUGCUAUGGUUUCAUGGUUUCAUCUCUCGUGAUGACUCUGAGCCACGCUUACUCAACAGUCCGCGUGCCAACGGCAAGUUUCUAAUAAGGCAGCGAGACACCAACGGUUCCUUUGCACUCUGUCUUCUCAAUAAAGGCCAGGUCAUGCACUACCGCAUCGACAAGGAUAAAGCAGGCAAACUCAGCAUUCCUUCAGGGAAGCAGUUUGACACACUUUGGCAGUUGGUGGAGCACUAUUCCUACAAACCUGAUGGACUGCUCCACGUGCUGACUGAACCCUGCGCACGACCUGAUGGCCCACCAGCAGUUCCUGGACAUCAUCCAGGGCUGGUUGGUCAAGAUGGGAUUUUCUCCAGACUCAAAUCCUACUCCUUCCCCAAACCUGGCCUCAAAAAGAUAACAUCACAGUGGAAAAAGCACUUUGAGAUUGAUAAUCAUUAUGAUGUAAAGUCACCUUCAGCAGAUGCUCAAAUGAAGGAACUGCCCAUGGCAACAGAGGUUUAUGAGAGUCCAUAUGCUGACCCGGAUGAGCUGCGCUCGACCAAAGUGGACAGAAAAGACUUGAUUCUGGAGGAUGGAGAGCUUGGCUCAGGCAACUUCGGCACGGUUCUGAAAGGAAUCUAUCAAAUGAGAAAAACACAGAAACAGGUGGCAGUCAAGAUCCUGAAGAAUGAUGAAAACAAUCAGGAGGUAAAAGAUGAAAUGCUGCGUGAGGCUGAAGUCAUGCAGCAGCUGGAUAACCCCUACAUAGUGCGCAUGAUCGGCAUCUGUGAGGCCGAGAACCUCAUGCUGGUCAUGGAGCUGGCUGACCUUGGUCCUCUGCACAAGUACCUGCAAAAAAACAGAAUCUCAGUGAAGAACGUGACAGAACUUGUGCAUCAGGUCUGCAUGGGGAUGAAGUAUUUGGAGGAGCAUAACUUCGUACACAGAGACCUCGCUGCUCGCAACGUGUUGUUGGUCACCCAGCACUAUGCUAAGAUCAGUGAUUUUGGUCUGUCCAAAUCCCUCAGCCUGGAUAGGAACUAUUACUUGUCUGAAGGCCGUGGAAAAUGGCCUGUAAAGUGGUAUGCACCAGAAUGUAUGAAUUUCUUAAAAUUCUCAAGUAAGAGUGAUGUGUGGAGCUUCGGAGUGCUGAUGUGGGAGGCUUUCUCAUAUGGACAGAAGCCAUAUAAGGGGAUGAAAGGUAAUGAGGCUUUACAAAUGGUUGAGAGAGGAGAGAGGAUGGCAGCUCCCCCCAACUGCCCACCUGAAAUGUACACCCUCAUGCUGAAAUGCUGGACAUACAAGCCGGAUGAGAGGCUGAGCUUUGCUGUGGUAGAGCCCCGACUGAGAGAAUAUUACUACGACAUUUCUCAGUGAUUACUCGCCUUCAGGAAGAAAUGAAAGUCUUGCAGCAGGAGCCAUUUGCACCUAGUUUAAAACGUUUAAAAUUGUAUGCAGUUUAACAUAAACCUGUGAAAAGUUAAAAAUGAUGUUAAAGAAAGCCCAUUUAUUUAUCUUGUCAUUCACCUGCAAGCUUAAGUACAAUUUUGCAAGCCAAAGUGAUCAGUGGCGGCUUGUGUUGAUAAUUAUUUCAUUUUAUUAUUUAUAUGAUCUUAUAUUAUCUUGUAUAAUUACUGUCUUCAUUCUAACCUUAUAAUUAAACAGGUAACGUGCACACAGGUAACAGGCCAACAGUUUGAAAGCUUGCUUAUCCACCACUUAAAUACUAGUUCAUCAUUAAGUUUUAUGAUCUGUACCCUCUCACACCCAGUAUUUAAGGAUGGCAUGUAGUGGAGCUUAAUGUGUGUCUUCAGUAUUUUAGCUAAAAUGUCACACUUAGGUUUUGAGUAGCUUUUUUACAUGCAUAGGUUGAGUUGCUUGAUAUAUGUAAUGCUGCUUUCUAAAUGAGAGUGUUGCAUGUCAGCAUGUUAAUGAGACAACAUUAUUUUGUAUGCAUGAAAUUGCUAGUUAAAAUGUACCUGACGCUCGUGUCUUAAGGAAAUGUGGCUUAUUGCAACGAUAUCCUUAAAGUAUAAUGGUAUAUUCAGUAGUUGGUACAUGCGAAUUAAAAUAAGGCCCCGGUGUAGGUGCAAAUUAUGUUAAAACAAGCAUGGUGUUUAAAACUAUUAUUAAUUAACAAUAUUUUUGUUUUACAUGCUCUGCUUAUGCAAAGAAAAAAACAUUUUAUAAGCAAUACAGAUUUGCAAACUCAGGCUUACAAAACGUACCAGUGCCAACUAAGUGUGAAAACUUUUUCACUGCACCUCUUUUUGAUAAACAUACAGAAUUCAUUGCUGUUAGAACCAUUAGUUUUUCAUUAUUGUUUAAUUACAUUUUAUAUCAUAUCCUUAAAAGAUCCAGCAAUAAUCUGUUUUAUAUAUGCAAAGAGGUGUGUGUGUGUGUGUUAACAUUUGCAAUUGUAUGUUUGUCAAUAGUGAAAAAAUAACACCGGCUUUACACUCAUCCUCUGGCCUUAUGCACUCUUGUACCCAGUAAAAGUAAAAGUUUAGAUGCAUUUAAUUGACUAAUGCACAUGCAGUUUUUGAUGACAUAAUAAACUAACUUUAUAACCAU